AUGUUGGGGCUCCCUCCACUUUCUUCUCCCAAAGCGAAGCAGAUAGAGACACACUUGGUAGUUGUUUCCACCAGCCCUGAUCGGCCUGAACUGGAUCUGCCUCCAGUCAAAACACUGAGAGAUGAAGACAGAAAAUUGGCUCCAGUUUCCAGCCGUGAGUUGCAGUCCCACAGGAGCCAAGCACAACAUCCACGGAGCAGGCGGAAUAUUAAACAGGAGCCAGGGCUCCGGGGCCAGAGGCAGCCGACAACUCUGCACAGCGAAGCUCCACGCAAGGCAGAAACUUUCCAGGAGGCAGGACACCACUGCCCUCCGGUGCACUUCACGCCCCUCCCCGGGGCCUGCGGGGAGGCGGGCAGCAGCCGACGUCCGAGUUCCCACAGUGACACACCCCGGGGGUCGGGGGCCCUAGCCCAAGCCCCUCAGGGGGAAAAGCCGGCAGAGCUCCGCCAGCCGUUGGCCGCGGGAGAAAGUAAACACCACCCCAAGUGUCUGGGAACAAAGGUAGGAUUCCAAGGAAAUGACUCACGGCGGUUGGCAGGGCUCUGGCGAGGCUGGCCCCGGCCCGCGCUCCAGCCCGCAGCAGAUGCCUGCCCGGCCCUCCCUUCCCUCGCCGGCCAAACCCGCCCGGAGCCCCGGGGCUGCGGGAGCGCCCUCCGCCUCCGCGGGGCCCGAGCGGCCAGGAGUCGGCCGGCGCCUCCCGCCCGGCCCGCACCACCUUCUGCCCGCGCGGCCGCCUCUCCUCCCCCCUCCACCCGCCCCCCGCCGCCUCUGCGGUCCCGGCCGGGCACACUCCGGAAAGUUGCUAGGGCCGCGGAGGCGGGAGGGGAGGAAGGGAGGAGAGAGGCGGAGGCGUGGACCAGGCGGGCAGCAACCGGGCCCGCCAGGGAGCGAGGAGCGUGUGAAACCCGUCAAUCCUGUUUGCCAUUUCCCCGUGGAUUUCCGAGGAGAGGUUCUGCACGAUGCCCCCAGGGUGAGCGAGGCAACAUGACAAGCGCGCCCGCUCGCCUCCCUCCUUCCCUCCUGCCCUCCCUCCCGCCGCCGCCGCCGCCGCUCCUUCGGCAGCACACGGGGCGCCCUCCCCUCGCCCCCACCCCAGCCCGCCCCCUGCCUCCUUCCCUCCUUCCCGCCCUCCCAUCCCUCCUCUCCCCUCCCCUCCCGGUGCCCGGGGACACGAGGGCCCAGCUCCAGCCCGCAGCCCCGACCCCACGCGCUCCCGGGCUCCGGCCCCUUCGCCCUGGGGGGGCUCGGCUGCAGCCGAAGAAUAUAUUCACCCUGCAACCUUCUGAGAUGUCUUCUCUCUUUUUAAAAAAUUUGGUUUACUUUUGUUGUUGUUGUGUAUGCGUGUGAUUAAAAAAAAAAGAUGCUGCGCCUUUCCCACCCUUUGCAGAAGACUUUCUUCUCCUUUGCCACAGCAAACGGAGAUGAGAAACAGCUGUGUUUGCAGGGCCGGAGCAGUUCUUCUCCCCUCGCCGUCCGCCCCCGCCCGUUCCCCGCCGGAGCUGUGUGUGUGUAGUGGAUCAAAAAAGCAACCUUGGUCCGACUGCAACUGGAAUUGGCAACUCUUUCUGGGUGGGGGAGCCUUCAGGGAAAACCUCCAGGAAAAAAAAGAAAAAAGUAAUAAAGGAGGCUGUCCUUGGUCAAGAGAAUGUAAUAUAAGCCCCGGAAUCACAUUAUUUUGCAAAUAGUAAUUUUCCUCUAUAUUGGGCUCCACUGGAGUUUGUUUUUUUUUUAAAACAUUAAUUCAUAACUUCUGUCUAGGGACCCCUCCAUAGUCGAGAUGGGUCAUUUCAGGUGCAAUGAACGCAGAGGCUUGGAAGGCAGAGACCUAAUAAAAUGGGGGGAAGGAACCUGCGCAAAAGUGUUACAAAGACUAUAAUGUUUGUUUACUGCUACUAUGCCAGAUGUGCUAAAUAUAACACUUCUUUAAAACAGUGAUCCUCCGACUGUGAAAAACCAAACCUCUUGCUGCCUGGCUCCCUAGGAAUCAAGAAGAGGCACAGACUGAAAAUCAGGGAGGAAAGGAACAAGAUCAAGGAUGAGGAUUAGCAUCUGCAAAUUGAACCCUAUCUAAUUUGCAUGUUUAUUUCUUAGAAUUGUAAUUAAAUUUGUGUAAUAAAUGUUUUCCAUUUCA